AUGUGUCAAAAGCAAUGUCGUGACGAAAAUGGUUAUCAGUGCCACAUCCGUUCUGAAUCUCAUCUUCGUCAAAUGGAUCUUCUGAAGGAGAGUCCUUCAAUGUAUAUGCAAGGUUAUUCUAAACAAUUUCAUGAUGAUUUCAUCAAAUUACUCUCUAGAAGAGUUCAUGCAAAUCUUGUAUAUCAAGAAUAUAUCGCUGAUAGACAUCAUAUACACAUGAAUGGUACAAUUUGGGAUACUUUGACAGAUUUUGUAAAAUAUUUGGGUAAGGAAGGUACUUGCGUCGCUGAUGAAACAUCAAAAGGGUGGUUUAUUAGCUGGAUUGACAACAGUCCCAAGGCUUUGGCUAGACAGGAAGCAAUUAUGAAAAAAGAACGAUCAGAAAAAGAUGAGGAAGAAAGGGCUCGCAGAUUAAUAGAGGAGCAAAUAGAAAGAGCUCAAAAGGAAGCUGAUGAUUUGGGACAAGAUGAAAAAUUCACCGAUCUCAAACGAGAAAAUGAAGAAGAUAAGAUAAAGCUCAAUAUUUCUUUAGCAAAAUCCGAACCUUCUAUUUCUUCUUCUACCGUUAAACCCGAUUCAUCUACCAUCACAGCGCCUUCUACUAAUGGUUCCACUCACACUAGCAUCUCAUUUAAUAAACCUACUUCCACAAAAAUGUCACUUAGUGCUUUAGCAAAAAAAUCCGGUUCAUUGAAUAAAGAAAAGGACGGAGAACAUGAAUGA